AUGACGGAUCUGCUGCAGGUGCUGCCUGACUUUGACCAGAAACCAUACACGCACUUGCUGCCCUCGCUGGACAAGGCCCUUGUCACAACCAAUGAUCUGCUUACGCUCGACGCUGCGGAUGUGGCCAAGCGUGCCCAGGUGCCGGCUGGAGAGCUGAGGAAGCUCGCAGAUGGUGUUGUAGCGGCACUGCAUGGUCAAUUGGGGUUCGGGGGGACGGACACUGAAUAUACUGGUAACAAGUUCUUGGGUGAAGAGAAGGAUACGUGGACGUGUAUAAGCACUUUAGAUGAGAGACUAGAUGCUGCUUUGGGUGGAGGUAUACCUCGUGGCUACUUGGUUGAGAUAACUGGAGAAAGCGGCGCAGGAAAAACUCAACUCCUCUUAACCCUCCUCCUAUCCGCGCAACUCGCCCCACCUCACGGCCUCUCCAAAUCCAGCGUCUACAUCUCCACCGAAGCCCUCCUCUCCACAACCCGCCUCUCCCAACUCCUCUCCUCGCAUCCCGCCCUCUCCACCCUACCCCCCUCUCAAAAACCCUCCUUAUCCCGCAUCCUCAGCAUACAAACACCCGACCUAGAAUCCCAAGACCACAUCCUCCGCUACCAACUCCCCGUCGCCAUCCGCAAGCACAACAUCGGCCUCGUCAUCAUCGACUCCGUAGCCGCAAACUACCGCGCGGAAUUCGAAAAGCAAGGACCCAAUAAUGGCGGCACGGCGGCGUCCAUGGCGAAACGAGGUACCCAGCUGGUGCAGUUGGGUGCGUUGUUAAGACAGCUAGCUAGGGCAGAAGGCGUGGCUGUCGUAGUUGCAAAUCAAGUCGCCGAUCGAUUUGCCAAAGCUGCACCCCCAUCAGCUUCAACUUCAAACACAGCGUCUAGAACGACAUCGACAAAUAGUCAACCACCUAGUCAAAGCAACGAAAACGAUUCCGCCUCCCAACCAACCACCCCGGCACUAACACUCUCCCCAGACCCCCUCUCCCUAGACCACCAACAACGCUGGUUCACCGGCUGGGGCGACUCGCAAUACGAACAACUCCACGUACAAAAGACGCCCUCGCUCGGUCUCGUGUGGACGAAUCAACUCGCCUGUCGGAUUGCACUGAAGAAACAGCCCGUCUUUGCUGGUAGUACUAGACCGCUUAUCCACACGGUCAACGGCCAGGACCAAUGGAAUGAUGGCGAGGACGACGGGGGCAAUCAUGUGAGUAAAUGGCGGCGCUGGUUUAAGGUUGUUUUUGCGGCGUGGGCGCCGCCGAGUGAGGGGCGGGGUGUCGAGUUUGAGAUUGUGAGGGGUGGGGUUAGGAGUUUGGCGAGGAAGAAGUGA